CGGUGGAUCACAUCUCUCCUAAGGCUACUCGCUGGUCAACAAUUCUUCCGCGGUGCAUGCACAGCGGUGGCGUGUCCAGCUGCCAAGAUGGCGCCUAGCAAGCUGAGGUGGCUUUUCCGGCCAUCAAGCUCCUCUCUGCAUGGAGGCCAGAUUGCUCCAGCUGGUCGCAGGGCUGGAGCUUUUGAGAAGGGAGUAUCCCAACUGUUGUGCAGUUGGUUUGAACAGGAAGAUCACCACAUUCUGGUGGCACAACCAAGGAACUUUCAAACACAAGUGUUGUGAAGAGAAGCUCAACCACCAACGAUCAGCAUCUACUGUCGACAGCGUAUCUUUGCACUAAGGUGUUGCAGCAGCUUUCUAACUAAAAAUGGCGAUGACAAGCACAAGCUUGGCUAGGACCACCAUGGUGGCCGGUAUUGCUGAGAGGAGUGUUGGAACCACUGCCGUCACCUCCAGCUCCUUCUUGGGACGGUCUGUCUGUGUCCCACGUGCUAUUCUCCCAGCCAGGAGGUUCAAGACCCAGAGCAUCAGGGCAGAUACCCGGUCCCCUGCUGAGUCUGCCAAGCAGGGCCUCAAGGAGGGCGUACAGGAUGCCAAGAAGCUUGGCAAGGAGGGUGGUUCUGAGGCUAAGGCUCGGGUUGAUGAGGCCAGGAAGGACUUUGGCAGCUCUGUUGAGAACACAACGAGCGAAAUGCAGCGUGCUGGGAAGGACAUUGCUGGGAACCUCAAGAAGGAGGCCAAGGAUGUCACAGACCCCGCGGGUGAUCUUUUGAAGAAGACUAGGGAUGAGGGCCGUGAGGCGAACUCGGAGGUUGCGGAGAAGUAUGAGGAUCCCAAGAAGUUCAACCUGGGAGCGGAAAUUGAGGGUUCCGCCGGCCAAGCCUUGGUCGACAACACCGAGAAGGCUAAGAGGACUGCUUCGAAGGCCGGAAAUGCCGUUUCUGAAAGCGCUCAGAGCCAGGGCAAGGAGUUCGUGGACAACGUGAGCAAGGGCUUCUCUGAGGCGGGCGACCGACUGAAGGGCGCUGUCAAGGACACCGUUCAAGACACCAAGGAAUUCUUUGAUGCGGACGGCGCAAAGCAGCGGGUGAAGGAGGGACAAGACUUGGUUGGGAAGAAUGUCGACAGCGCAAAGAAGCACGCUCAAGAGGGGUUGGACAAGUAGAGUAUUCGAGCAAAGCGAAAUGAUUGCAGCAUGUCACUGUAGGUAUGUUGAAUGCAAAGCUUCGAACGUGUGCGUUUUGGUGUGAAAAGAAAAAUGAAACGAAAGAAGAAUAAACGAGAAGAAGAGUUUGACGCUCACGCAAGAAGCGGAUUUUGGCGUUGCAAGUGUUUUAGAAUAACCGCAAUCUGAGUUGAGUUUGUGCAUAGCACUCAAAUGUACACUUAGAUUUAGAAAAUAACAUUGAAUGUGAGCAACGUGUACUAAAUCAAGUGUACCGUCGACUGUAUACAUCUAUGUGUCCUUCCGUUGCAAACAGAGGAG